UGGCCAUUUUGAGGAAAUGGAGCACUGGGAAGGAGGAUGGUAAAUUGCUCCAGCUGGGAAUAACUCUGGGGAAUAAUAACUCAGGUGUGAACAGCCAGGGAACCACCAGCAUGGAUCAGAUCUAACAUUGCUCCUGCCCACGUGUUGCUUCUGGGAGCCUACUGUCAGCAAGAAAAACCAAUUUACUCUUUGCCCUGUGUUUGUGGGGUUGCCAGCUUCCUGGGAACUCACGGCUCCCGUACUUAGCAAACACUUUCACACCUUUGGCAGAGAGCCAGAGAUUUUCUCCCCAGUCCUGCUGCUCUCCAGAGGCCACAUCACCUCAGCAGCCCCACGGUCUGCCCUGCACGCCCACCACCCCACAAACAGGCACAAAUCCCCUUGGCUUUGCUUCAAAACCUCAGCCACAGCAGAAUGUUUAAAAACCUCACCAAAUUCAUUGUAAAUCAAAUGGAUCCUAGCAAAGAAUUGGUCCCUGUUGAAAGCAUCGCAGACAAUGAGCACUUCAGGCCUCUCUAUCUACUGAAAAAAAAAAGCAAACCAAAAACUGUAUUCCACCGAGCUCCCUACUACCAGCUGACAGGAUUCACACUGGAUGAUGUGCUGCUGCCUGGAGAAGAUGGUAAAAGCAUAGAGUCCCUUCAUCAAGAAUCCAGCCAAUUUACCCUCACAAAAGUCAGCACUGACCAAGCUGAUGGAGGUCUCAGCAUUUCAUUUGACCCUACAAAUGUAGAGCUGAAAGGAAAGGCCUCCUUGUCCAAAGAGUUUUCUAUUAUGCCACAGAAGAAGAGCAUAUCACUGGAAUCACUGGAGGCACUGAGAAGAGAAAGGGAAAUCAACAUGGAUCAUUCCUUCAUCCAACAACUACAGAGAACAGGCAUCAAGCUGUAUGUGGUCACUGAAAUCCUCGAGGCCUCAGAGGAGGCUGUCUACAAGGAAUCCACCAAGGCAGACGGGGGCUUCAUGGCCAAAUUUUAUGCCACACUCUGUGCACAGAGCAACAGAGAGGACAGACAAAGCAUAGUGAUACCCAAGGGCUGCACGCUGGCCUUCAGGACCAUCCCACUACACAUCAGAGAUGGAGCAUGGGGUAAGCAACUUCCAGAAAUGACCAAGUUCUCCAUUCCAGAAGAGGAAGAACAUUUUAUGAAGCACCACUUGCCCUCAGAGCUAUCUUCAGCUUGUCUGCAGAUAGGAGGAGGCAGCGUGAGCGACAGAAAUCACCUGGGGGAGGUUGAAAACCUCCUGAAACAUGACCUGGAUAAGGGGAAGGAGCCUUUCCUUGUGGAUACCAGGGUGCUCUUCCCACAGGAGGAGGAGCAGAUGUUAACCAUUGCCCUGGUGGAGCUGAGUGGAGUGCAGCUCCAGGAAGAUGGAUCAGUUAUCCCUAGGGAUAAACCCUUCGAGGCCAUGGCAGCCCUGUUUGUGGCCCUGUACACCCUUAACUUCCUGAGUGGUUCCAGACAAGCCCCUCACGGAACCCUUCACGGGAUCCCCCAUCUGAUCCCAGCCCGGCCCCUCACGGGAGCCUUCACGGAAUCACGCCUCACAGACAAGCCCCUCACGGGAGCCUUCACGGGAUCUCCCCUCACAGACAAGCCCCUCACGGAACCCUUCACGGGAUCCCCCCUCACAGACAAGCCCCUCACGGGACCUCAGCGAAGACUCGCCCGCGCCCCCAGAAGGCGGGAACAGCUCAGCACCCGGCGGAAACACCCGAAAGUUCUACGGAGAUUCCCGAAGGAGAGAGGCGAAAGGAGCCGAUCGAUGCCGGAACCUUCCGAGAGGGCUCGGCCAAAACGCCCGAAAAUGCGGGCGAAAACCUACGAGCGAAGACGGAAAUACCCGAGAGCCUCACGGAACUCCACGAGCGCUGCCUGA